AUGACAUGGGUGCUUUCCGGCACAAUGAUAGUUGUCGUUCUUGUUGCCGACGGCACUGCUACUGGUACUUGGAAAGUAUCUCCCACUGUGCUGGCUGCCAUCAUUGCAACAGCCGCAAACAUCCUACUCCAGCUUGCGCUUUCCAAGGGGAUCGCGAUUUCAUGGUGGAGAAGGAGCAUAGAGGAACCAACUUCAGUCCGAGAUUUGCACGCCCGAUGGAUCGUUGGACAAGGCUUUGUUGACGCAGUGCAAGAAGUCGUCUCACGGGGACCCAACAUCGCCGCUAUUGCCAGCAUUAUGGCCACGAUAGUCGCCAUCAACUCCCCGCUAAUACAGAGGGCGUUGACUCCAGGGCACGGAACCUUCGAGGGCCGCUUUGAUCUGGGCGAGAUCCGUAUGAUUCAGCAGUUGCCCCGCGGUUAUUCUGGAAUCUGGGACCACGACACAAAGUCCAUUGGAUAUCCGACUGAAACAUUCAGCGACUUGACAAAGCGAUACUUCUACUACCCAGGAAUCAUCUUGGAGAAUAGGGCAGCAAUCGGAGAGGAUCUUGUAUUUUGCGAUGGGACAUGCGCUGGUUGGCUCAGAGGAGCUGGGUUCUCCAUUAGCUGCGAUGCAGUGUCCAUAACUGAGCUGCCGACUCUCCACGAUGCCAAUGGAGCAUACAAUCAAUCAACCGAAGUAUUUUCGAGUGCCAUCCGGUACAGCGAAUAUCCCGAUUACACUGUCACGUCACCUGGGUCAACCGCCAACCCUGUCACGCAGGAUAUACCUCGAGAUUUCACGUACGACUCUGUUUGGAAGGCCGAGACGGGCUGCCCCAGCGACACGAAAAGUAUAAGAUUGGUCUCUCAACAUUGUACACUUCGGCCUGCGAUCGUAGACUACCCUAUUAUUGUCAUCAACGGAACUCUCUCUCUUGAUCCGAACUACGGUUACCAGUCUGACAAAACGGUCUCCCUUGAGACUGAUCAGCAGAUGAGAGAUGAUGUUGAUCCAAACAUGCCUGUCAACACAACUCAGGGAUCCUCGACUUUUGGGGGCAUUGCUUCACUACUUGUGAGACGAUUUUCCUCGCGAGUAAGCAUGAGAAUGGAGAACGGCAGGUGGAAGCAAGAAGCGGAGGGCUUGCUGUCAUUUGAGCUAGCCCGUUAUCGCACAUCAAUGUUGAGUGGAAGCUGUGCUCCAGCGUUCAUGGAUCCAGCACCAUGGGUCUUCCAAGCUGUUCGAGAACUCAUGUUCCGAGCCUCUGUGGAAGUGCCUCUUGAUGACUACCAGAGAAGACGAUCUCAGUCUUCACUGGACGAAGACUACGUGCUCCCUGGACAGAAGCAGCCGCUUCAGGGCGAACAUAGGGGACUUUCCACCAUUUAUAUCGCCAACCACUCGUACCUUUAUGCCGCUGCUGCCAUAACAUUUCUUACGGGGCUCAUGAUCACGCCCUUAUUCUAUGGUUUCGCCAACUUGGGCCGGCUGGUCUCCCUGUCUCCUCUGGAGAUAGCGAAAGCAUUUGAUCCUCCUCAGUUGCGGGAGGCUGCUUCCAAUUCUGAUGCAAAGGCAUUGUUGGGUUCUCUGGGCAAUAAGCAAGUGAACUAUGGUAUAGUUCAUCGACAUACAUCACGCGGCUCGGCACUUCUCAUGUUUGCGGACGCGGAGACUGUUCGGAAGCCAAAGCCGGGUAUAGAAAUACCGACAUAG